UUGUUCUUUUCCUACUCUGUCGCGAGAAAUAAACAGAAAAUGGAGGGAGAGAUAGAAGACGACGUUCCCUGUUCUUCCCUCGCCGUCGAUUCCAUCAUUCGUGUCGGAACGGCGGGAUUGAUUUGGGGGUUGUGUAUAGGUCCGUAUGAUGCUCGUAAACGAGGGCUUUCUGGUGUAGCUAGAGCUUCUUUUGUGGUCAAGUCAGCUGGUACAUUUGGCCUACAAUGUGGACUUUUUGCUGGAAUCUUUUCUACUACAAGAUGUGGAGUUCAAAAAUUCCGAAAAAAGAAGGACUGGGUGAAUGCUUCAAUUGCAGGCGCCAUAGCUGGAGCAGCUAUUGCUGCCAGGACAAGAAGCUGGACACAAGUAUUUGGUAUGGCAGCCCUAGUUUCUGCCCUUAGCACUGCUGCUGACUACUCAAAGAUAAGCUGACACCCCUCUUGGUUGGGCUUGAGGGCGGGGGCUAUGGAUCAGGCCAUUGGAUGCAAGACUCAGUUUCCAAUUUGUUGUUUGGGGGCUCAUGGCAAGCUGUUUUGUGCUAGUGGACUUCAAGCUACUUCCUUGCACUUUUCUGCUCUAACUGUUUUCUUAAUGGUUUUUUUUUUUUUUUUUUAGAUUUUGUUAACAAUCCAAGAAAAAAAAACUACAUGCUUGGAUAUCCUUCAAAACUAUAUUAAAGUUGUUAUUGUAAAUUAAAACCACAAUUAGUGGUUAAAAUCCCUGUAGAGUUAAAAGAAUCAACUCACAUGAAAACAUGGUAUUGAUCUUUAAAUCAGUAUUGUGAUGAGAACCUCUACCUCAAUUCAUAUAUGAAACACAUUGCAUCAGCCGCCAGAGGAUGUGAGGUAUGUGGCUUAUCAUGCAUGGGGUGUUCCCCCCAAGCCUUGCCCCAAGGAGUAAACUUCCACCUUUUAAAAUAUUAAUUUGCCAUACGGCAUAAUUGAAGACAUGAUGUUAAUGCACCUGUAUAUGCUUUUCUAUUACCAAAUUUGUCAAGAUUUGGAAAGAUAAUCUGUUACCAAUGGAAGUGUUGGUGUGUUUUUUGUUUAACA